AUGGACGCGCCUGGCGCGACAGAGGCUACCGAUGAUUCCAUUCAGGAAAUCCAAGAGUUGGAGACGUCUGCCGGACAGAGUGCCUCUCAACUAGCUACCGAUCGCAAUCGAUGCAGGGAGAGCGGGAGUAACGAAGGCGAUCACAAUGUCAAUGACGACGAUACCGAGGAAGGUGCGGAAGAUUCGGAAGAGGAGAACGAGGAAGAUGAGGAUGAUGAGGAAGAGGAUGAGGAGGAGCCCCGACUGAAAUAUGCAUAUAUGACGAAGCAUUUAGGAGCAGUUUACAGGAAUGGAGAUGCAACGAGCUCCUUCCUCGCUGCUGGGGACAAGAUGAUAAUUGGAACACACAAUGGGAAUACUCAUGUGUUAUCGCUCCCUCUAUUCCAGUCACUCCGCGUAUACCAUGCGCAUUCCGCGAGUGUCACGUCUAUAUCAAUCUCACCAUUUCCUCUGCCCUUAGCGAACCUCAGACCAGAAACCUUCAGCAGAGUUCCCGAAGAUACAGGCCACUCGAUCAAGUCCUCCGGGGCCGCCAGCCUUCGAGGGCGGCCAAAGUCAAGCUACCAGCCAGCCAUCCCAGCUACGCCUUCAAACUCUAUUUACGUUGCAACAUCUUCUAUAGAUGGGAAUGUAUGCGUCGCCUCUCUUGUUGAUCCAAAGGACAUCCUCUUAAGGAAUUUCGGCCGUCCCGUUCAAGCCGUGGCGCUCUCCCCAGAUUACAAAAGCGACCGAACAUUCCUGUCAGGAGGGCGGGCGGGUGAUCUGAUCCUCACAACAGGUGGCCGGGUGGGUGUGAGUACAAAUUCUACGACCAUGGGAGGAGCUGCAGCUACAGCUACCAGCUGGCUCGGUUCCUUGGGCCUAGGGGCCAAUACGGGAAAAGAUAGUAUCUUGCAUAGUGGUGAGGGGGCUAUCAGCACGAUAAAAUGGUCACUGUCUGGUAAAUAUAUUGUUUGGGUCAAUGAAGAAGGUAUCAAAAUCAUGCGGUCCCACCUACAUUUGGAGUCGUCGGACUCAGAACUCGCCUGGAAACGCGUAAGCCACAUUGAUCGCCCCAACCUCCCUGGGUGGGAAGAGAUGGCCGGCGUCUGGAAAGCGCGUGCUGAAUGGGUUGACGAUCGCUCUUGGGACAGCGAGAGCACGUCCAAGUCAGGAGAAGUGUCUCAUGAUGAUUCUACCCCGACUUGGUCCAUUCCCACCAAAGAAAGGGUGGAGAAGUUGGUGGUUGGUUGGGGAGGCACCGUCUGGGUCAUUGACGUCUAUCCUGAUCGGCCAAACAAGAGUAACAAGGAUCGGAAAAUUGGAUCCGUGGAAGUUUCUACUAUGUACGUGCCGUGCUCCAAGAUGUGGGCCAAUUGCUCAUCCAAUUCUAGAUUACGCACCGAUUGUGUUAUAUCAGGCAUUUCGCUAUAUACCCCUAACCUGGUAGUGGUUCUUGCAUACAUUGAAGCAGAAAUAGAUGUCCCGGGAGAAGAACGGACUAAACACGAUGGUCGUCCUGGGGCGCGUCGUCGGCCUAGAGGUCUAGAGCCGGAGCUUCGCAUCAUCGAUAUCGAAAGCAAAGAGGAACUCAGUGCCGAUACACUUUCAGUUAGUCGAUAUGAAACCCUGACCACGUCAGACUACCACCUAUGUGCCUUGCCCCCUUGGAAGAUCGACGUGUCCGUUGCUCAACGGGGGGCCCUAGAAGCCCUCGGAAACGGACUGUGGGAUGCGACCAUGUACCCCGCGCGAUUGUUUAGUUCAGGCGCGAGUAUACGUAGCACAACAAGCAGCGGUGAUAAAGGCUCUAUCAGGGCGCCAAGCAUAUAUUCGUCGCGACGUGUUUCCGUCGAGGAGCCAUUAUCAAAAGAAGUUCAAUCCAUUGCAGGCAAUGAGGGCCCCAAAAUAUUCAUCCACAGCCCAUAUGACUCGGUGGUUGCACUCAAAAGGGAUCUUACAGAUCGCCUGGGAUGGCUAGAUGCCCACGAGAAGUAUGAAGAAGCUUGGAAGCUACUCGACGAGCAUCCCGAGGCAGCUGGGACUUCGCAUCAGCCAAGUGACAGCGUGCCCGGUACUCCCGCACGAUCACAAAGUAGCCUUGGUGAGUUUUUUGCCGAUGACAGAUCCUCAGUGACAACUACGGGUCGAGGGAUUGGAUCUGCUGCCGAGUACGAGAAGGAUCGUGUUGGAGAGCUUUGGAUAGAGCAGCUUGUGGAUACAGGCCACUGGAUAGGUGCUGCCGAAGUCUGCGCCAGAGCAUUACACACCACCCCUAGAUGGGAUCACUGGAUCUGGGUUUUUAUCAAGCACGAUAAGGUAGAUGAAAUUUCAUCUGUCAUUCCAACGAGCUUACGCCCACCGCUGCCCCCGGCCACUUACCAAGCCAUCCUUGGCCAUUAUGUUUCUGAAAACCGACAUCGACUCCGAGAGCUCGUGGAUUUGUGGUCAUUCGACUUGUUUGAUGUCAACAGCGUUGCGACAAAUAUCAAGGAGCAAUUACAACCUGAAAAUGUGGCGCCUGAAUCGGAGGACUGGCGCAUCUUAUUGAUUUGCCUGGCCAAGCUGUAUCUCGCGGGCGGCCAUUACGGGGAGGCUUUACGUUGUUAUAUUCGACUCCAAGAUGCAGACACGGCCAUGGCUUUGAUAAAAGAACACCGCUUGCUAGACGAACUCUCUCACGACAUUCCAGCGUUUAUUAUGAUGCGUGUGUCUAAGGAACAGUUGAAAUCGGCACCCGUCGCUGAGCUCGAGGAAAUCACGUCCGAGCCUAUUAGGCUCCUCGUCAGUGAAGCGUACACUGGAAUCGUUCGCCCAGAGACUGUCGUGAAUCAACUGAAAGCGACCCACCGACUUUUAUUCUUAUACUUCUACCUCCGGGCUCUAUGGCGUGGGGAGUCGAUCCCUCAUGGCGCCGCAAAGCCCCGAAGGGGCCAUGGUGCUCACAUUCGGGACGCGGCAAGCAAGUUAGCCGCUGACGAAGGGAAAGCCCUGGUUGACACUUUUGCGGAUACGGCUGUAGAGCUCUUCGCGGAUUAUGACCGCCUACUGCUGAUGGAAUUCCUGCAAACCAGUACCUCGUACUCGUUUGACAUGGCCGUCUCCAUAUGCGAGGCCCGUCAUUUUACCCGAGAGCUUAUCUACCUGUUAUCCAAAACGGGCCAGACCAAGCGAGCGUUGAAUCUGAUUCUGUCCGACUUGAAGGAUGUCUCGCAAGCCAUCACAUUCGCCAAGUCCCAGAACGAACCAGAUCUCUGGGAAGAUCUUCUCGACUACUCGAUGGAUAAGCCUCGUUUCAUCCACGGGCUUCUCGUAGAAGCCGGGACAUCCAUCGACCCGAUCAAACUGGUACGGCGCAUCCCCAGCGGAUUGGAAAUUGAGGGCUUAAGGGAGGGCCUUUCACGCUUGAUUCGAGACCAUGAUCUGCAGGCCAGCAUCAGCCAGGGCGCUGCAAAGGUCCUUCAGAGCGAGGUCGCAGUUGGCAUGAAUACCCUCCGACAGGGUCAACGUCACGGUAUCAAAUUCAAUAUUAUCGAAGAUGACAAGAAACACUCCGAGUCUCACUCCGAAGUUUCCGGCAAGGACGAGGUAAAAAGUGACGCCGACACACAGAGCACCCCAACCCCAGUAGCUGCUUCCUCAACGUCAUCAUCACAAGCCGGUAGAUGUGCAGGAUGUCGUCAGUCUUUUCAUGCUAAUGAAAAAGAGGUCCUCGUCGGCUUCGCUUGCGGACAUGUCUUCCAUCUGUCCCACAUUCAUCCAACGGAAUCUCCCACCCCCACCCCCGAGAGUCAGUCGGCCGCCCAAACACCCAGACCUUUCCCACCGUCUCGUUCCCAAACCCUGGAUGAAGUAUCUCUGUCCGCGUCCAGAACCGUUGGCCCUAAGGUGACGACUGCCCGGCUCCUCCGGGACCGAAUCGGUGACGGAUGUCGCAUCUGUGCUUUGGCUAAGCAUAUCGAUAUCAUUGGGGACCCUGACACAUGA